GAUCCGGUUCAGGUCUUUCCCGUCUUCCAUCUCUCAUUUCUUGCUCGUCUGCCAGAUUCAUUCCGAAGGAUCCUUCUGAUUGGCUGCAGCUCCUCCAGCCCACCCACCUCUGGUUAUAGGACUCUUUACAGUUUCUGAGUGUUUCCUUCCUCUCUCCGAGUUUGUCUGGAUCUCUCAACGGGGUUGAACACUCUCACAGCGGCAUCAUGGCAGCUUCUCACGGCGAGUACCGAGGCUACCUGCGGAACACCGUUGACAUGGAGGCCGGACAGCAGCGCUUCCACACGGUGCACAGCUCGGAGCCCACGUAUCGACCCCUCCUGUUCGGGACCCUCGCUGUUAUGGGUUUGCUUCAGGUGGCUUCCAGCGUGGCCAUCUUAUUACAUCUGACAGGUUAUCUGCAAGAGGUAGAUUUGUCCACAGCACCGCAUCGACCCAUCGAGGAAGUGCAGACGGAGCCAGUGCUGAAUGCUCUGAGAGACACGAGGAAAAACAGACGGUGUAAAUCUUCUAAGGAGAGCCUGCCGUCAGCUCAUCUACCAAUCAAAACGCACCAAGAGUACUCGAAGAAAGAGGGUGAGAAGAAGGCCAUCACUAUUGACUGGGAAGAAGUGCACGCAUACCGCCACAAGAUGGGCUACCAGAAAGGGAAACUGUUGGUGAUGGAGUCCGGUUUCUACUACGUUUACGCCAAGACGUGCUUCCGUUACUACACUUUAACGCCAGAGGACAGCAGUGGCCAGGUUGGCACGCCGCCGGUGGACGUUAGCAACACUCAGCUCAUCCAGUACGUCUACCAUGAAAGCAUCAAACAGAACAGCAAAGCAGUGCUGCUGAUGAAGGCAGGCAGCACCAUGCGCUGGAACAACAUGAGUUAUAACAUGUACUGUGCCCAGCAGGGCCGGGGGGUGCGGCUGGAAGAGGGGGAUGCCCUGUUUGUCAAUGUGUCCAACGCUUGGAUGUUGGACCCUGAGGGAGAAGGGACGUAUUUUGGGGCCAUAAAGUUAGGCAACUAAAAGUAAAAGACACGGGGAGCGGACAUGCUACUGAACAUUUAAUAUGCCAAAGAACCACUGAUUUAUGAUGUCCAUUUGUCAAAAAAAGUGUUUUUUAUAUUGUACAUGUCUAAUUUUUUAUUUUGUUCUUCACCAAACAGCCUUGGAGACAAAUGGAAAAGGAAGUCACCUUUUAAAACGUUUUAGGCACUUAAACCCCGAAAGUGAGACACACAGCUCUCAACUUACUAGCACUGGACUAUUUUUAGACUUUUUUAUGGCUUUUUUAAACAUCUUUUCAUUCUUUGUAUUGGAACUUUUCAAUACAUUCCAGUUCAGACUUCACCAGUAGGACUUUAGCGUAGACAUGUGUUUAUGCACUUACUAACAAACCAUAAAGGGAGACACUGAGGAAGCAAGUUUGCUGGCAGUAAGCAUCAGUGAGAAAGGAUUUAUCAAUGCUGAAUGUUGGAAAAAAAUGUCCAGAAAGAACACUGUAGUGGACAGAGCAUCUGCUUGUGCUUAGCAGAUAAUCAGAGAAUAAUAAAGUCCCAGGUUUGAAGUGAAUGCACAAAUGUUUUCCUGAAAGAUUUUGCAAGUGUGAACAAGGCGAGCAAUGAGGCGUCCUUACAGUAAGUAACUCAACAGUAUGAUUUGAAAAAGGCAGUAAAAUUGGGACCCCGCAAAAUUUCGAAGGCACCAUUUUUCACAGAAUGCAAUGAUCUUCAACAUAGAUUUUGUAUUUUUAGAAUACAAAGCAGGUCGAAAAGAAGGUCAAAUGCUCCACAUCUUCACUUUUCUGCCUUAAGUCUGGUGUACACUGUGCGAUUCCAAGAUUCCAGAAUUGGAUUAUGAUCCAAUUUUUGAGGCAUACAUACAACUAAUUUUGGAGUCAGUCUAAAUUUUAGCUUGAUAGUGCAGCAUUUGCUGUUCAGCUGAGGGCCCAAUAACAAUCACAGCUCAAUUAGCAACUCCCAUGCAAUCCUGGCAUGCCUUAAAUCGUGGCCAAUGGUUGCAAACACAGUGAGUGCAGAAUCAUGAUCUGAUCUAGCAGCUUCAUCUUGGCAACUGCUGAAUUGAAAGGAGUGUCUGUUUGACACAUUUUUCCCUCUGAUCACCAAAGAUAUGAGCUGGAAAUAUCAGCAGCUCCAUAUGACAGGGAAUACCUUUCAAUCUGACAUAUAAGACGCUAUUCAUUAUCUGAAAUUUUGGCUGAUCUGAGAGUGUCCUUUGUGAGCAAUAUACCAGAAUAAAAUGCUGACCUGCACUGUCAUGACCACAAGUGCAGCUGCCAUCAUCAGACCUUGAAUGAGUCCCGACUAUGUAAAAAAAUAGCCUGCAUUCAUUGUGUAUUUCAAGCAGAUGCUGCAAUGCUCACAACCUGCUACAAUUUAGUGACACAGACCAAGCAUUAGGUUAGGCGCCACUCUAUAUCAUCUUCUUUCCGACAUGGGAUUAUAAUGGUGCAUCUAAAUUAAAUGGUGGUAUACUUUAAAGUCCCCCCGAUGGCUGCCACCUUAUCGUGGUGGGGGGGUUUGAGUGCAUCCCCAGUUACUGAAGCUGGCUUUUGGAACAUGGAACGUCACCUCUCUGGUGGCGAAGGAACCUGAGCUGGUGCAAGAGGUUGAGAGACACCGUCUAGAUAUAGUCGGGCUCACCUCAAUGCAUAGCUCGGGUUCUGGAACCAACCUACUCGAGAGGGGUUGGACUCUCUUCUUUGCUGGAGUUGCUUCGAAUGAGAGGCAGAGCUUCAACCACAUCCCGAGGAUGGCGGGGGACAUAGAGUUUGAGUGGACACUGUUUCACACCGCCAUUGCUGAGGUGGCUGUCAUAAGUUGCAGGUGCAAGGUUGCUGGUGCUUGUCAUGGCGGUAAUCCCCGAACCUGUUGGUGGACACCAGAGGUGAAGGGUGCCGUCAAGCUGAAGAAGGAGUCCUACAGGGCAUGGUUCACUUGUGGGACUCCUGAAGCAGCUGACAAUUACCGGCAGACCAAGUGCCAUGCGGCUUCGGCAGUUGCUGAUGCAAAAACUCGGAUGUGGGAGGCCAUGGAACAGGACUUUCAGUCGGCCUCAAAGAAAUUCUGUCAAACUGUCUGGCGGCUUAGGAGGGGAAAGCGACUCUCUGUCUGCACUGUUUACAGUGGGGAUGUGGAGCUCCUGACCUUGGCUGAGAGUGUAGUUGGGCGGUGGAAGGAAUACUUCGAGGAUCUCCUCAAUCCCACCGACAUGCAUUCCGUGGAGGAAGCAGAGCCGGAGGACUCAGGGGUGGGCUCACUCAUCAAUGGGGUUGAAGUCAUUGAGGCAGUUUAACAGCUCCGCAGCGGCAGGGCCCCAAGGAUGGAUGAGAUUUGCCCAGAGUUCCUUAAGGCUCUGAAUGUUGUAGGGCUGUCCUGGUUGACACACCUCUACAACAUUGCAUGGACAUCGGGAGACAUGCCUCUGGAGUGGCAGACUGGGGUGGUUGUCCCCCUUUUGCUCCAACUACAGGGGAUCACACUCCUCAGCCUCCCUGGUAAAGUCUACUUCAGGGUGCUGGAGAGGAGAGUCCUGCUGUUGGUCGAACCUCAGAUUCAGGAGGAACAAUGCUGUUUUCGUCCUGGCCGUGGAACACUGGACCAACUCUAUACCCUUGCGAGGGUGCUGAAGGGAGCAUGGGAGUUUGCCCAACCAGUUCACAUGUACUUUGUUGAUCUGGAAAAGGCUUAUGACUGUGUUCCCCGAGGUGUCUUUUGGGGGGUGCUCCGGGAAUAUGGUGUUGAUGGCCUGUUGUUACUGGCUAUUUGAUCUCUGUAUUGUUUGAGCGAGAGUCUGGUUCGCAUUGCCGGCAGUAAGUCGAACUCGUUCCCAUUUAGGGUUGGACUCCACCAGGACUGCCCUUUGUCACCUGUUCUGUGGUGGAGGGUGUCAGGUUUGGUAGCCUUAGGAUUCCGUCUCUGCUUUUUGCAGAUGAUGUGGUCCUGUUGGCCUCAUCGAACACUGACCUACAGCUCGCUCUGGGACGGUUUGCAACAAUGAGGUGUAAGUAUGAGGUGGUUAGGAAGUGAAUUAGCACCUCUAAGUCUGAGGUCAUGGUUUUCAGCCGGAAAAGGGUGGACUGCCCACUCCGGGUCGGAGGAGAGUCACUGCCCCAAGUGGAGGAGUUCAAGUAUCUCGGGGUCUCGUUCACGAGUCAGGGAAAGACGGAGCGGGAGAUUGACAGACGGAUCGGUUCAGCAUCUGCAGUGAUGAGGGCGUUAUACCGGUCUGUUGUGGUGAAGAGAGAGCUGAGCCAGAAGGCAAAGCUCUCAAUUUACCGGUUGAUCUACGUUCCAGUUCUCACCUAUGGUCAUGGGCUGUGGGUACUGACCAAAAGAACAAGAUCGUGAAUACAAGCGGCUGAAAUGAGCUUUCUCCGCAGGGUGUCUGGGCUCAACCUUAGAGAUAGGGCCAGGAGCUCGGACAUCUGGGAGAGACUCAAAGUAGAGCCGCUGCUUCCUCGCGUUGAGAAGAGCCAGAUGAGGUGGUUCGGGUAUCUUGUAAGGAUGCCUCCCGGACGUCUUCCUGGGAAGGUGUUUGGGGCAUGUCCAUCUGGGAGGAGACCCAAGGGCAGACCCAGGACACGUUGGAGAGAUUACAUCUCUCAGAUGGCCUGGGAAUGCCUCAGUAUCCUCCCAGAGGAGCUGGUGGAAGUGGCUUGGGAGAGGAGCGUCUGAGUUUCUCUGCUGAGACUGCUGCCCCCGUGACCCGGGCCCGGAUAAGCGGAAGAAGAUGGAUGGAUGGAUACUUUAAAGUAAAUAAAGUUUGUAAAGUACUUGUUUGUAGUAAGUAGCAAGUAAUCAGAGGAGGUUGGCAGAGCGUCUUGCAAGCUUUGGGUUUUUACUUAACAACUACGAACACAACCGUGUGUUGAGAACUCAAUGAGAGUAUUAUAGUCAGCUGGACUCUAAUGUCAGUUCUCAUCUUUAUCUCUAAAGCUGACUGGUUGCCAGAUUCCUUGUCUGUCAUCAGGUGGAUUCAUCUUGCAAAGCUACGAGCUGAUAAGCUUGUUCCUGGUUAGGGAAUGACCAGAUUAGUCAGCGUUAAGGACAAAGAGGCAGCAGCUGUAGGUGUGGUUUAGUUGAAGUAACUUCAAGCUUGUAAACAAUGGCAGCGGUGGAAAUGUACAUUUCUUUAUUCAGAGAUGAGCAAAGAACUGCACUGAAAGCUUUCUUGGUGGAAAAGAUGAACUGGCUCCACUGAUAGCAAAAAAUCACGUUGGCAUGAUAAAGACUGCCUUUCACAUUGGCGGUGCACGGCUACUACAUCAUAUUUAUUACAGGCCAAUGACAGCGACAAACAUGACAGAACAUUUUAUCCAAUCACCCUCAAAGUUUUAUUUCAAAAGGUUCAAUCAGUAUUUGUUUGUAUAGUGCCAAUUCAUAACCAAAGUUAUCUCAAGACACUUUACAAAGAGGGCAGGUCAAGACCACACCCUCCAUUGUGACCUAUUAUAAUAGACCAUUAGUAUAAGGAAGGCGCAAGUUGUGCUUUGUAAAUGACUCAGUUGCACUUUCCUCCAUGACUUCUGAACCAUUGCACAGUGUACACCCGGCCUUAAUAAAACCCUGCAAGUGGCCUGCUUCAUUGAAGGCAAAUUACACGACAAUGUCAUUGAAAACUGCAGUGUAAAUGACACGUGUUUGUUAUUUUUAUGACAAUCAACAGGCGAUGCAGAUAGCUGGACUGUCUGACCAUAAAUGGCAUGAAUUGUCGUCUUUAACCAGAGAAACCAAAUUGAGUUUGGUUCAUCUUUAACUUAAAUCGUUUGUUUUUCAUUUGGCUCUUCACUGAGGUAAAUGGGAAUAUGCACUAAAUAUUUAUUUAUUAGCCAAAGAAGUACAGAGUGAGGUCACUGUUGGAGUGACCUUUUGGCUGUAGAAAUCAUUUAUAUUUUGUGUCUGUAUGACAUUCAUAACGCAGCACAUAGAGGAAAUAGUAGACACGCUUUUUGUUAUUCAAACACAGGGGCUUCUUUUUUAAUUCCAUAUUUAUGUAUCUUGAUUUUGACAAUUCUGUGUGCACUUGCCUAGCCAAAAGCAAUAUGGAUAUAUUGUUUCUUCUGUAAGAUUGUAGCAUACCUGUAAGA